AUGCUUAACAGGAUCUUCCUCGUUUGCCUUUGCCUCUGUCUCUACAGUGCAGGCUCAGCGAUGAGCUGCAGAUGGAUGGAUAAUAAAUUCAAACAGUACAGCGAGAACUCUUUGAAUCUACUAGAUAUGAUGGUUCAUAAUUCCACCAACACCAUUGAACUGACUGUGGCCUUCCCUGAAGAUCUGUACAGCCAGGCGUCAAAAGCCUCAGCUGAGGACAAACUUGGAUUUACAGUUAAGGUUCUGAAGGGGGUGGCUAACCUGUUUGAGAAGGAUUACAGCUCUGCAUCAUGGGAGGAGAAACGAGUGGAUGACUUUCUCAAUAUUGUGACCCAGCAGGCUGACGGCCUUCACUCCUGUAUGGUGGGCCACAGCCACAAGAAGAACAACAAGAAGCUGCACAGGUAUUUCGAGAGACUGUCAAACCAAGUCCUGAAACAAAUGGACUACAGUGCUGAAUCCUGGGAGCUGAUCAGGAAGGAAAUCAAAACACAUCUUAUGAGAUCAGACCUGCUGAUUUCAUCUCUACUCAACAUCAACUAG